GCAAGAUGGUGGCUAUCAAAUUUGUGGCAAGGUUUCAGUCUGUGGAGAUGCUUCGUGUUUUGCUAAUACUAGUGGCACUGUGGUUGCACUGCAAUCAUGCGGACCAAAUGGAGGAGUUUCUAAAGAAGGAGUUCUCACUGAUGAAGCCGUAUGCAGGGCUGAGUUCUAGGAGUUCAAACUGGGAUAUAUUGGGUAACACAGUAUUAACUACGCAGUCACUUCGCCUCACCCCUGAAAAACAGAGCAAACUUGGAGCAGUGUGGAACAGAGUGCCCUGCAAUGUGAAAGACUGGGAACUUCAAGUCCAUUUCAAGAUACAUGGGGAGGCCAAAACAUUCAUGAAUGGGGAUGGAAUGGCCAUCUGGUACACAAAGGACAGAAUGAAGAAAGGCCCCGUGUUUGGCAGUAAGGAUAUGUUUGUGGGACUAGGUGUAUUCCUCGAUACCUAUCCGAAUGAGGACAAACAAGAUGAGCUCCUGUCGAAGAGGUUUACUCCACGGACUGAGCGUGUGUUUCCCUACAUUUCAGCCAUGAUAAAUAAUGGCUCAUUGUCGUAUGACCAUGAUAAUGAUGGGAGGCCUUCUGAACUUGCUGGCUGUUCUGCUUCUAUCCGCAAUGUGAAACAUGACACUUUCUUGGUGAUACGUUAUGUUAAAAGUCGAUUGACGAUAAUGAUGGACAUAGAAGGAAAAAAUGAAUGGAAGGACUGUGUUGAUGUUGCCGGAGUUCGGCUUCCUCAAGGCUUUUACUUUGGAGUUUCUGCACUCACUGGAGACUUGUCAGAUAUCCAUGAGCUUAUUUCACUAAAGUUUUAUGAACUGACUGUUGAACGUACUCGGACCCUGAAGGAAGUGGAAGAGCCUGAAGAGAAUGUUGAAGUGACCGAACCUAGUGUGGACAACUGGACACCACCUGGAAAAAAAGUCAAGCCAGAGCCACUGGAUGGACUCACUGUUUUUCUUGUUGCCUUUUUUACCCUUAUGACCAUCACUGGGAUUGCUGUUGCAGGAAUCCUCCUCUGUGAGAAAUGGGAGAAACGGAAAGAGAGCAAGAGGCACUUUUACUGAGCCCCUUAUUUACAGUGGAGAGAGAAUCGAGCACCGAGGCUUGAAAAGUGAGCUGCCUUAAAUCAGCAAAAUAGAAAUGUUACUAAGUGCCAGGAAAUGCUUUUCCUGGCUGACCAGAAAUGCCACUGCCUUAACACUACCCCUAACUGGAGUGAGACUGCACCAUCUUCUGCUUGUCUCAUUGGCUUUAGGAUGAAAACAAACCGCUGAUGGCGCAUAAUCUUUCCCAAGGUCUUUUGCCAGUAGUUUAUAUCAGUAGUAUUUUGUAUUCUAACUUGUUGUGUUUGUUUGUGAUGAAUUGUUAACCUGGUAGCAGAAUCAUUUUUCCUUACUGGAAUAAAAAACUGAUAACUCUCUCUUUACAACCCCCAUAGCCAUUACCACUGACCCUUUUACUUUCCACAAUAACUAAUCCCAAAGAGAAGAGUCAUUUACAUUAUUUCCUUGAGCAUGCCUUAUAGGUUGUUUUCAUAAUCUUGCCUACAUUGGUACAGAAAGCAAAUAAGAGAUGUAUAUUCAUAGUCCUUCCCACGUGUUACUACUGACACAUUGAUUUGAUUAACUAACCUGCACUCCCUCCAGUCAGCAGAUUCCAUUAUAACUUUAAAAUGACAUGCAGCCGUGUGAUAAAGACAGUGUAUCUUUAUUGCUUAUGUGAACUUUUUUAAAUGCAGUUCCCAUUUAUCCUUCUUCAUGUAUGACCACUAACCGCUGUCAAGUGACCCUCAUGGGGUGGCCAUUCUCUGUAGACUGCUGACUAUUUCACCUGUACUAAGGCUGUAUUCUGCUGAAUGACAGGUGUUCCUUCUGCUGAAUGACAGAUCGUGGUGCAUCUUGAAGGUCAAGUGUGUCUGUACCAACCUGUAAUAUUUCUUUUCUGAGAAAUUUGAGUUACUGAUAAAAUUAUUAGAAGAAAAAUAUAUUGACUGCCAGCUAGAAUUCAUAAAAAUAUCUAAGUAUGUCUUUUAUAAUGUGAUUCUCAAGGUACUCCUUCUCUGCUGCACUAUGUCAGUGUAUCUUUUGUAAUUUUUACCAUCAGUUAGCCUAGAGUAGGACAUGAAUGCAGCAAAAUAUUACCUAAAUUUACUUUGCACUCUGCUGUCCGUAGAGGGCAGAACAUUAUUCCUGUUAGGCCAACUUUUACUCUAGUAAAUUAAACUGAAACAUAUGAGUCUGUGUAGGGGUUGUAAACAGUUAUUCCAGUUAGAAGUUGUCUGCUGAUGUUGUCUCUGCUACUUCACAGCAAGACUUUUUUUUAGUAGUGCUUAAUUGAUUUUGUACAGUUACACAAAGGGCCAUGUCAUCAAGGUACCAAAUAAAAUAUAUUAAUAUGCCACUUCUAGUUUAACCACAUUACAAUCUUCUUGCUACUUGAACAUAUAUCCAGAGCACUACAACGAAACCAGACCCUGCAAGGCUAUAUAUACAUUUAGCCAUCUGCAAUCUGAGGUGUGGGCUUUCAUUAUGCUGCUAGAUGUAUUCCUUGCCUCAGGAGGAGUUGUUUAUAGGCUGUAUGUGGGAAUAGCAGUACUCUGCUCUGGUGUGCUGUGCUCUGGGUCAGAUGUAGCUGAAUGAAAAAUGCUUGCACCUGUUGGGAUAUUCAGAGAGAUAACUGUGAUAGUACCAAAUGAAAAAGAAAACCAUAAAGUUAAUUGUAGCUAUAUUCUCUUGAAAAGCUGUUCCAAGCUUUUAAAACUUGUAAAAAUGCUAGUGAAACUAAAAGAUCAUAAAUGUAAACAUGUUAUAGUUAUUUAACAUUUCCUGAGGGAGGUUACCCAGCUGGAAGUAAUAUGAGAAAAUUGAAGAGACAGAAGGUGAUGAAAUGAUAUGUAACCUGAAGACAGGUUUGUAAGCUUUUAGGGCUUUGUAAAAACAAACACCUUCUACACAAAGUUCUUUGUGUAAUACUUUCUAGGAUUGUAAACCCAUAAAGUGCUUUGCAUAACAGUUGCCCAUAGGUGGCGAUGCAUAAUCUGACUGGAAUGAAAGUGAUCAUGGUAGUGCAGUUAAUCCUUAGGUGUUGUACUUCAUAUACCGGGCUAACUCCUCUUAAUCCCCCAGGAUGGAAAAAUAAACAUCUGUUAAAUGAUCACAUUUCCACUGUAGCAAAAGCCUUAGAUAAUUAAUUAGCUUUUGAUGUAUUUGUUAGCUGACUGCGCAGUACAGAUAGCAGUCAGCAAUACUUAAUCAUUUCAAUUCCUGUAUAGCUGGCAAUGUAAUGGCAGUUGAUUGCAGGUAAAUGUCUUUAUAUGUACUGUAGUUUUUUGCUUGCUUUCUCUUUUUUUCUAAACAAUUGUCUGAGAUCUUUACUUCAGGAAAUGUGCACAAGGAAAUCAUUUUUGGGGAGAGCAUAUUCAAAGGAUUAUGCAAUUUAAGAACUACAGGGCUGACAGCUGUAUCAGUAUGUAGCCCUUCAUCACUCAUAAAAAUUACCUACAGCAGUUUCAGGCUUAACCAUUUCAGUUUGUGGACCCCCUUACAGUCUGUCAGAUUGUGCUGAGCAGUAAGGACUCCAGACCCUUUUAGGGCCACCACCAGCUCUGUGGGAAAAACAGCUGAUUAUGCUAUGUAUUUUCCUUUCCCAUUUACCUUUGGUCUUCCUGAACAACCAUACCUUUGGCUUACAUGACUAACACAGACUUUACCUAAUCUAUACCUGGAAAAGAAGACAAAACCUUGAAAACUCUUUGGGGGGGGGGGGGCAUAAAUUUCCUACUCGAUCAACAGUGUGAUCAUCUUUUUUGGGCCAAGUUGUACCCUGCCUAACCACUGUGCUGCCGUUACUGAUCCCAAUCAGCAGCUUUGUUUUACUGCAUUAACCCCCUGGAUGCACAAUAGCAAGGCCUGCCCAAACCCUGCCCACCAACCAGCACCAGGUGACGUGUAUGACAAUCUGUGAAUACUUAUGUUGAUGUCGUCUUCAUCCACAUGAGUAUUCAGACAGCAUUCUGAGCAUGCAGUAUACAGACCCUCCAAACUUGUUAUAAUACCAAGAAAUAAAACUUGUUUGGAUUAAAUAGUCUUCCCUUUGAUAGUGAUGCAAGAUGCACAUCCUACUAUAAGAAAAUAAAUUUUAAAAACAAAAUGAAAGUAAAAGGAAAAUGUGAAGAAUUUGUAGUAACCUUAAACCCUGUACUGAUUUGCUGAUGGAUACGUAGCACCAUCAUUAUUAAAGAGAGUAGUAUUUCACCCAUGAACAACGGUUAUUUCUUUCAAGUAUAAAAAGUACAGUGGGAUCUGUAAAUCGCAUGAACUGUAGAAAAAAAAGGUCGGCUCCUUAAACUACACUGAGCAGCAACAGAAUGAAAAGCUGUGAUGUUGUAUGGAAAUGGUUGUGCACACUUGAUGGUGACAUGAUGCAUACGAGUUACUGUUUUCUUCAAUGUAGUGUGAUCUCGAAGUUGGUAUAUGUAAUUUGGGGGGGAGGUGCAGGGGAGCACAGCCCCCUUGCAAAAAUGAAAAACAAUGCAUAACAAUAGGUAAUUGCAAUGCCCCUUCGAUGACUAUUUAUGCAGAUGGUGAAGCAAAUCUGCAUGGCAUGUCAAUCAUGCAUCAUUUGAAUACAACAUCACAGGCAUUUGUCAUGUCAGUCACUCGGGCCAUGUCCACUUCUACACAAAACUACCUGGGGUUAAUACAGCUUGACAUUGUCCAGUCAGCUACAUUUCCUACACACCACUGCUUUUACAUGGGUGGGUCAGCUGAUUCUUGUGAUGGAAAAUGUCAGAAUGCUCCAAGCCAGGCCUUUUCUCAAUAACCUUCUAGACUGUCUUGAUCCCAUGAUGUGGCCCUUUUCACCUCUCCUGUCCUUGCCUUCUCCUAGUCCUGACAUUUACCUUCUUGCGUUCAUUCGAGCUUAUCUUCAGACAAGUGCAGGCUCACUGCAUCUUAUUUGCCAGCCUGUAUAGUCAUAGACUGGCCAUAGCUUUACCUUGGAUAACAGUCUCACUUCAAACUGUUGUGUACUCGAACAAGAUGUCCCCCAUAUAUAUAUACAUGUAUUCCACUUUUUUUAGUAGCUGUUAAACAGACAUCGAUUGUAUGGUUCACUCUGUUAUUUUAACCGUCUUUGCAAACCAGCUACUGACUCCUUUCAUUUAUUAAUUUUUACAUUGUUUUGUUUUACUGUAUUACCCAUUUCAGAAAGGCAAAGACCCACGUGGUAGAUUAAAAUGGCCACAACUAUGUGUUUGUCACUUUUUACCCAAUAUAAUUAACUUUAAAAUCAAUUUUUCAGGAGUUGUGUGCAAGGCAGGCUUUUCUGGGAGACCAUGUUCAAGUUGUUAUGCAGCCUAAACACCUCAGGGCUAGCAGCACUGUCAGUAUCCAGCCCGAUAUCACUCUAGUAAAUUUCCCAAAACAGCUUCAAGCUUUGCCAUUUUCACUUCCAGGGCUGCAUUACAGUUUGGCAAAAGAUACCAGGCUGAUAAAUCUCAACACUCCUUUGGGAACACCAGCUCUGCAAGGACCAGUUAGUAAAUCCUGUAUCCCCCUUCACCUUACUUUUCGUCUCCCUUACUACCCCUGCCUUCUGCCACAGAAGGGAGGGAAAUUAACAUCUUACCCCUUACACCAAGCUUAUCUUCUUUAUGCUUACUGUAGCCCAAGUCUGCCAAUCCAUCCUUUGGGUGUGAAAAACAGUCCCGCAUCCCGUUAUCUGACAGGUGCACUCCAUGUACCCACUAUAUCUCUGACUUAACCUUAAAAUCCGUUGUGCUAUAUAAAUGGAUCCCAUUUCCAUCACAGUCCUGUUAAUCAUUUUUUUUCCCAGUGAUACAGUCUGUCUUCAAUCUAAAUGGACCUGUGUGUGUCUCCAGUGAUCCACACGUUCCCUAUGAUGAUCUCUAUGUAGUGAAAAUAAAAUGAAUAGAAAGUAAACUGCUCCUUACUUAUACCCUGUAGGCAUUACACUUUCAGUAGUCCAGUUGUUUAUCUCCUGGGUCACCCCUGCCCAAUGAGCUUAUCAAGCUGCCCUUAUCUUAAAAGAAUGUGGUGUGUCUUUUGCCUCUUCUGUGAUGCACUUCUCUACUACUUUCUGCAAUAUGACUUUCACUUGAUAUUGAAUAAGAGGUUUAUUUUGUUGAUGGAAAACAAAAGGACCUUGUAAACCCCACCGCCUUUGUCUGAUACCGCUGUAGUACCUUUAUUAUGCUCCACCAUGUGCCUGCAGUAGCUUAAGGAACACCUACUGAUCCUUUGCUUAUUGAUCUGUCUUUUUCCUCCUUUGCUUAUUGAUCUGUCUUUUUUCCUAUCAGUAUAUAUGCAAACCCCUUCUGAAACCUGAACAUCUCUCCAGUGCAAUAUUAUCAGUUGGAAUCCUUCAUAAAAAGCAGUUAAAAGGCAGGCUUUCAGCAGCAACACCUCAUAUUUAUCUACAUAUUCUGUCAGGAGAGAUUCCUGCAGUGUUUGUAGUACUCCAGACAUAGGAAUAUCUCUUCCCACAAACAAGGACACUCUGUAGAAAAUAAAACAACAAAAGGCUACUGCACAAAAUUUAUUGCAUGUAAAAGACUCUAACGCUUCGGCAAACAACCUUCAAGGAGUAGGGUUAUAGGGAUGUCUCUUGUCUUGAGUACUGAGAGACUGCCUAGUUCGACACUUAAACAUGUUACUUACUUGAAAUGACCUCACUAAAUCCCACAAUUACAUUGUUUUAUGUGACCAAUUUGGAGCUGACAACUGACUCCUGGGCUUCAUCUCCAAUCCUUGUUUACAAUGAUGAAUUUGUUCAGAUGGUAUAGUCCAUAACAAAGUCUACCCUCAGGAUAUUCUUGUUUGUAAGAAGUGCUGUACUCCUCUUUCAUAAAUUUUCCUGGUUUGCUUUCUGAAGGAGUUAUUCAUUAACUGUCAUUCUUACUUGCCCCCAAUGCCCAUAAAUGAAAUGGUACCUACUCCUGCAGUGGUGCUGUUUCUGGCAUUGAAAUCCGGAAAUGGGCACAUUGUAAAUGAGAAAGGGAAUCUAUCGGUGAGAUGUAUAGAUGUUCUUCAUUCCACAUUGCUGCAGUCCUAACUAUUGGGUAGUCCGCUGUCCA